CAGGAUCAUAGACAACCUUUUUAGAAGAUGUCUUCUUCUUCAGCUCACACCACUCCUGUCCAGACCAGCAUCCCAGCUCAGACAGAAGGAAACGUACACAAAAAGGAGGAGUUGGAUGUGUUCUACAUAAACAUGAAUGUCCUGCGUACAUAUGAACAACCAGAGAAAUGUCUUCUGGAGUUGCUACCAAGAGCUGAAACAUUCAGAAAAGUUGUACUGUGUGAGUGUAGUCUCUCAGAGGAAAGCUGUGCAGCUCUGGCUUCAGCUCUAAGAAACUCUUCAGCAGUCAGAGAGCUGGACCUGAGUAAGACUGAACUGCAGGAUUCAGGAGAGGAGCUGCUCUCUGCUGCAUUGGAAAAUCCUCAUGGUAAACUGGAGAAACUGAGGCUGUUUGAGUGUAAUCUCACAUGGAAAAGCUGUGAAGUUCUGGCAUUAGUUCUCAGUUCAACUUCCACAAAACUAAGAGAGCUGGACCUUAGUAAGAAUAAACUGCAGGAUUUAGAAGUAAAUAUGCUCUCUAUUGGACUGCAGAAUCCACAUUGUCAACUUGAGAUACUGAGGCUGGAAUACUGCGAUUUUACAAAGGAGGGCUGGGCUGCUCUUUUUGAAGCUCUGAAAUCAAAUCCCUCACACAUGAAAGAGCUGAAUCUGAGCAACAUAUUCCUAUUUUCAGGAAUGGAUUCGCUAUCUGCUCUGCUGAAGGAUCCUUACUGUAAACUGGAGAAACUACAACUGGAAUACUGCAAUAUUAAAGAUGAAGGCUGUGCUACUCUGAUUGAAGCUCUGAAAUCAAACCCCUCAUUACAACUGAGAGAGCUGAAUCUGAGCUGGAAUGAUCCAGGACAGUCAGGACUAAAGAAGCUCUCUGAUCUACUGGAGGAUCCACACUGUAAACUGGAGAAACUAGAACUGGAAUCCUGUGGUAUUAAAGGGGGAGGCUGUGCUGCUCUGGUUGAAGCUCUGAAAUCAAACCCCUCUUCACAUCUGAGAGAGUUGAAUCUGAGCAACAAUAAUCUAGGAGAUUCAGGAGCAAAGGCGCUCUCUGAUCUGCUGAAAGAUCCACACUGUAAACUGGAGAAACUACAGCUGUCUCACUGCAAAAUUUCAGGUGAAGACUGUGCUGCUCUGGAUUCAGCUCUGAAAUCAAACCCCUCAUCACACCUGAGAGAGCUGGAUCUGAGCUGCAAUCAUCGAGCAGACAUAAUACUGAAGCAGAUCUGUGAUCUAGUGAAGGAUCCACAAUGGUAA